CAGCCGGUGACUUCGCCUCCCCGGCUCUAUUCGGACCGAGUUUCUUAUGGCUACCCCCUCGGGAGCCCACCCAGAAACCAGUACGCCGACUGGAUAAAACAACUGUUUGAGCCUCAAAACUCAAGCGCUUUCCGGCCUUCGGCCCUUUACACAUACACCCCACAGAAGUGGAACCCCAUGCAACAGGUCAACUUUGCUCGGGUAGAAAACUACCCUCUGAUCAGACGUGUGAACACGGUCACCCUCCGGAGCGACUUCCGGAGCCCUUCGACCGUAUGGAUUCCUCCAGCCGACAGGAAGAUCCACUGCUCCCCUCUGGUGGCGCAGCUGACUUCUCCGGCACUUCCUCUCCCGGCGUCUCCUCGGGAACCUCCGGCCCCUGUGUCUUCUCCUCCUCCUCCUCCUCCUCCUCCUCCGGACCCAGAUCCCUGUGCUCGAGAGACCGUGGUGAAGGCUCUCCAGGAACUCAUGGCCAACAAAAAGAGGGCAAAAGAAGGAGGAACCCCACCCUCUCCGACCAUCCAGGAAAACAAGCGCAUACGCCGGGGGAGCACCGAGAAUGGACAGCCAGCCUCUGAGCCUUUAGUGGCCAACGAAGUGCCAGCGCCCCUUGAGCCCCAGCCUGACAUGCCGAAGCAGGGCCCGCAGCUUUCUCCCAGCUCAGAAGAGGCCACCUCCAAGAAAGCCUGCCCCGCCUCCACCAGCUCAGCGGAUGGCGAGCCCAAGCGCCCCUUCCGCAACAACUGCAUCUACAGCUCGUACAGCUCCUCCGGCGGGAUUGAGCAGCUGUGGAAGAAACGAGGCAUCCGGACUUCCUCCGUCUCCAGCCAAGACUCCUCAUCUUCCGGGACCCCGGAAAAGCCACUCCGGAAGGGGAAGCCUCCUGACUCCAGCCUAGUGGAGAAGGUGGCCACUCACAAGAGCAAAAUCUCAAGCCCAGCCAAAGCGGACAAGGCAAUACAAGUUAAUCUGAUGCCUAACGCACCUGUGCAGAACCAGGAUACCCCUCCGGUCUCCGUCCCGGCUCCCGUCUCAGGCAGCAGCAGCAGCACCACAACCACUAGUGGUGGUGCCCGCAGGCGAAAGGUCCAGCUGGUCAUUACUCCGAACGAGCCCUUGAUCAUGCCACCCCCGAUUGAGCUGGGCUACAAGAUCACCAGGGCCGACUAUGACGCGGACCGCCUGGAGAGGCUGAGGCAGUUCAAGAGAGGCUUGGACUCUUCAAAGGAUUCACCCCCGCCUGCAGAGGAUGGCGCGCCCGCCCCCAGCGAUGGCUCUGCCGCCAUGGGAGGCAGCACCUCAGGGCAGGAGGGCCGGAGGGACGCGCCGGAAAGACAGGACUUCUCAGGACAGAUAGGCACUCCCGCUGCUUUCGAGACUUCUCAGGGACCGGUGGUGCCCCCACUCACUUCUUCUCUGCCCGGGAACGCCCCGGUGCCAAUCAGCUCCUGGAUGACAGACACAGCUGCCCAGACACUCCCCUCCAGCGCACUGGCUGCCCCGAUGGCCACUGCCCCGAUGGCCGGACCAUUUCCUUUUGCCUCGGCCCCACCAGCUGGGAGCGAAAGCAGCCUGGCGAUGCCCUCUUUCUCUCAGCUGAUCCAGACCCCCACCGGGCCCUCUGCCACACCCAAGCCCAGCAUCCUGUUCGGAAUGCUCACCAGCCCCCUGGGCAGCCCGCCUACCAUGGCCGUCACUGCCACCUUGGCCAGCCCAGCUCCCGGUACCUCUUCUGGCCUCAGCACGACCCUCUUCCUCCCUGUCUUUGGCACUCUAACCCACACCGACAGCUCAGGCUUCUCUGGCAGCGGAGUUCUGGCCUUCACCCCUGGGGCGACACUGCCCACCGGGGCGCCUCCUUCCGCCGCCCCCAGCUAUGCCUUCAAACCUAUCUUUGGGGCACUGCCACCCCAAGCCUCCACCACCAGCCCGGCUGUAGCUGGCACUUCAUCCCUUUUUGCUUUCCAGACGAGUCUUCAGCCGACUGCCGCCGCUGGCCUGCCAGCCGGCGGCCUUCCUGGUUUCUCUGCUCACUCGGCGGGCUUCGCCUCCACCUCCGCCAGUCUCUCUGGGGCAGUAAGUGUGACGACCAUCUCUGCCAGCAAACCAGUGUUCAGUUUGGGCCCCAGCCUACUGGCCGGGGCUCCUGCCACCACUGUGGCAGCUGCCCCUUCAUCCCUUGGGGGUCCUUCAGCCUCCCAGCCUUCUCCCUUUGGGGUCUCAUCCGGCAGCGCCAGCGCAGCAGCCUCACCCCUGUACCCGUUUGGCACCCUGGCCGGUGCCCCGAACGCAGGGCCUAGCCCCUUGGCAAGUCCCGCCUUCGGCCAGGCACCCCCCGGAGCAGCUGAGGGGGCUCCCGGCGCUGUUGUCACCACAAGCUUCAGCACCGGGAGCUCCCUGCUGGCUCCCGCCGCCCCCCUGCCCAUGACGACGCAGUCUCCCUUUGGAUCGGGUCCACCGUCUGGCAGCCCCGCCACCUCGGCUGGGGGCUUUGUGUCAGCCACUAAGCUUGCGUUGCCCUCGGCAGCAAACGGGGGAGUCCCUGGUAGUCAGGCCCCUGCCCUCAAGGCAGCCCCGGGGCUGGUGGGCUUUGCGUCCCCUUCGACCUUCACCGGAUCGGAGGUCCAGCCAGCCUUUGCGGGAGGCAGCGACGGCGGCGGCAGUAUCACCCCUUCGCAGGCCCCCUUUGGAGGGACCGGGGCGCUGACCUCUUUUGGCGCCAAGAGCACCCCGCAGCCCUCCUUUGGGGCCCUCACCCCCUUUGGGGCAGCCACCACCACCACGACCGCCCCCUCGGGCUUUAGCUCUGGCGCUCAGGUCUCCGCCGGCGGCGGCAGCAACAGCAGCACCACCACCACCACCACCACAGGGGGCUUCAACUUUGGAGGGCCAAUGCCUUCCUCCUCCUCCUCCUCCCCCUUUGGGGUGUCGAACCAGCCACCGACGGCUGCCGGAGGGACUGCCUUUGGCGGGGAUACCGGGGCCAGCAGCAGCUCCCCCAACCCAGGGAUGCUCAGCGUCAACUUCCACUUUGGCGGUGGGGCCACGGGGGCCGCCACGCCCUUUGGAGCUUCGGUGGGACAAAACACCCUGGGGCCCCCAGCCCAGAGCCCUGAGGGUUUCGGCCUCCCCCCAAGCGCGCCGGAGACCAAGCCCGCGUUCGGAGGUGCCCCAGCCCCAGACUUCGGACGGAGCCAACCCUCAGGGGGGGGGCAAACGCCGGGCAAUACUCCGACCUUCGACACUGCAGGCGCCUCCAACUUUCGGACAGCAAGCACCCCCAACUUCCGGACAGACAGCACCUCCAACUUUCGGACAGACAGCGCCCCCAACUUUCGGACAGACGGCGCCUCCAACUUUCGGACAGACGGCGCCCCCAACUUUCGGACAGACAGCACCCCCAGCUUCACUGCCUCAGGACCCACGUUUGCUGGCCCAGCCCCAGACUUCGGACGGAGCCAUUCAGCAGUGGGGGGGCCAACACCAGCCAAUACUCCAACCUUCGACACUGCAGGCGCCUCCAACUUUCGGACAGCAAGCACCCCCAACUUCCGGACAGACAGCACCUCCAACUUUCGGACAGACAGCGCCCCCAACUUUCGGACAGACGGCGCCUCCAACUUUCGGACAGACGGCGCCCCCAACUUUCGGACAGACAGCACCCCCAACUUUCGGACAGACAGCACCCCCAGCUUCACUGCCUCAGGACCCACGUUUGCUGGCCCAGGCCCAGACUUCGGACGGAGCCACGCCUCAGGGGGGGGGGCAAACGCCGGGCAAUACUCCGACCUUCGACACUGCAGGCGCCUCCGCAUUUCGGACAGCCAGCGCCCCCAGCUUCACCGCCUCGGGACCCACGUUUGGCCAAACGUCGGCGCCCUCCUUCUCCAUCGGUUCCGGCUCCCGGACAGGGGCUCGCCAACGGCUGCAGGCCCGGAGGCAGCAUGUCAGGAAGAAAUAGUCCCGACGGCUCGCCCCGGGGCCGGAAGCGGAGCCGCCCCGGAUUGAGCUAUUGAAAGACCCCAGGGCUGCCUGCGUGAGGCACCACCACCGCAGGCGUGAGGGGCUCUCGACAACACCACUGCUUCUAGCCCUGGGAAGAGAUGGAAGAUAAUCCCACAUUACUUGAAGAUGCUGAAACUGAACAAGAGGAAACUACUGUAGAUUACUCUUUUAUUCACUCCCACCCCCACAUCCUAUCCCUCCACUUUCUUUCUGCGCCCUGAGAUGUUUGUGUGAAUGUGAGAGGGAGGGGCCGGCUGGCCCCUGCUGAGGACAGUCCUUGUGUGUUGGAUUCCUCUCCCUGAGCCCUCCCGGGCUGUUCAUCCUGCUUCUCUCUCAAGAUCCAGAGUCUGGACGAGCUGGCUAGCUGUGCUUUUUCCUGCCACCGUCAUUGUGCCUUACUUACCCCAUCAAGAUCCAGACUGGUGGAUUUGGAAACCCCAAGAGCCGCUGGGGUGUCGACCAAUACUCCUGGGCUCAUGUCGCCUUGGGAUAUCCUGGCAAGACUUUUGGAGGAGCAGAGGGAGCCCUCUCCCCAUUUUUGUAGACCAUCUGGCGACAGAGACGCUGCCCCCUUUCCUGUCUCCCCUUCCCCCUUGUUUGUGUGUUUUAUGGAUGACUUUGUUGUUCUUUCUGUUGAUUUUAUGGAUUUAUCUUAGUAGUCAAGUUUGUAAGAAGACAGUAAAGGUAUAAGCUUUGGAUGAAUUGUAUGCAUGCCAGGUGUGGAUGCUGUAAAUGUCUGGAUGUGCCUGCUGAGGGGGAGAGUGGGAGGGAACAUGGCUGUGUGAUGCGCAUGGAAUGAAGCGGCGCCUGGCAGGUUAUCCGUGUCCGCGGACCCCAGACCAAACCAGAGCCUGGUGGCUCCAGGGCCGUGCUUGGGAACUCUUCCCAGGGGUGGGUUUCUGGGCGCAAGGAGAACAGAAGGUUCUGGUGCACUAAGGUUAAAAAGUAUUUAAAGUGUUUUUUAAUGAAAUUAAACUUUAUUUUUCUAUUUCAA